AUCUCACAUGUGAGGUGACAGCGGCUGCACAUACUCUCAUCAGACUUGCAGCUCAGCGCUUGCUGCAUACACUUGCUGGGUUGUAACUUUUUCUUCCUCUCUCCCCUCCCUCACUUCGACGGGCAGCAAUGAAGUCAGAGUGAUGUCAUAUAAGGAUGCGAGUGCCUGGCAAGGUGACAUAGGUUUUUGGUGAGUGGUAUUCUCCACAGCCAGCGUUGCCUAUCGAGAGAGGCGCGGAGCUGCAAAAGAUGAUCAUCACCACCACCUCAAGCUCUGUCACACUCUCUCCUUUCUCUACUCCUCUUUCGGGCUGUCAUUUCAUGCCAGAAGACCUGACCUGCCUUCCAAAAAUAAGCCUUUACCGCCAUGCCGAAGGAAGAAAAACAAGAAGAGAGGUAUUUUUAGGGCCAUUAACUUUGACCACGUGCCCCGAAGGUAAACUGGAUGGCCAUUGCGCAAAGGUUCUUCAUCGGUAUGUGCAACGAGGCCAGCACGCACUGGACGUUGACUGCAAUUGUUCUCUUGGGGUCUCUAUUGGGGAUUGUGUCAUCAUAUCCGAUUCCAAGCAGGACUAAUGCAACUUUAUUGGAGCAAAGGUGGGAGACCCUCUUUUCUCGCUCUGUUCUGGGAAUCUCUGGGUCGAAAUCGGACAUGAACUGGGAGAGUGACUAUUUGCUGGGCAUCAAGAGAGUGCGGCGACUUUACUGCAACGUGGGCAUUGGAUUUCACCUGCAGAUCCUCCCUGACGGCAGGAUAAACGGUGUACAUAAUGAGAACCAGUACAGUCUAAUAGAGAUCUCUACGGUGGAGAGAGGAGUGCUAAGUAUGUAUGGGGUGAGAAGUGAGCUGUUUGUCGCAAUGAACAGCAGAGGAAGAUUGUAUGGAACGAAAUUCUUCCGGGACGAGUGCAAGUUCAAGGAGACCUUGCUGCCAAACAACUAUAAUGCCUAUGAGUCUUCGGUUUACAAGGGCUCCUACAUCGCUCUCAGCAAGCAUGGCCGCGCAAAGAGAGGCAACAAGGCAACCACCGCCAUGACUGUCACACACUUCCUCCCACGAUUAUUAUGAUCAAAGUUGGCAAUAACUCACUAAUUUGCACAUGUGGAUGUUCUCCCAGGUAAUAUAGAAUUACACAGUAUACAUAUACACCAUUACAAAAGGACUGCAAAAACUACACAAGUAUUUAUUAUCUUUAUAUAUGUAUAUUUGGAUAGCUACCUUUGUAUUAGAACUUAUGUAUGUGUCAUUAUUUGCUGCUUAUCACAUAUCAUUAUCGAUUGAGGAGUGUAAAGCCUUUGCCAGUCUUUACUUUGAUGCGUGCCAUAAUGGAAGUACGCUUCAUCCUGCCCCAGUAUCUGUGCGUUAGAGAUGUCGAUGAUGAGUAUGACGUGUCUUCUUUCUAACUCCCAGGAAGCUCCAAAUCAAACUCCCAUUAGACAGAUCUGCAAGUGUUAUAAUGUCAAAAUACUUUUAGCUGAGAAACUAUCGUAAUUUAAUCCCGUUACAGCCGGUAUGGACUUCCAAAAAAGGACAAACAAAAAAUUUACAAGCAACUACAUUUUUUUUCCUAUUUCGCACCUCCAAUGUAUUGAGAUGUUGUAGACUUCGGACCUGUGCGUGGCAUUAAUGAGUGAUUGGAUGUGCUGAAUAGGCAUUUUUUCUGUUGCUUCUCAAUUUUUAUUUACACCUUUUCUGGAAGUACAUACUGGUCGUAACUUGAGUAAAUUAAGAUAGUUGUUCAGCCAAACUACAUAUUUGCUCAGUCAAACUCCAUAACAAACGGAUUUUGACGUUAUAACGCUUGCAUAGCUGUCUAAUGGAAGUUUGAAUCGGAGCUUCCUGGGCUUUAAAGACAUCUCUAACUCACAGAUACUGGGUCUGCUUUACCCCGGCUCCGGGGUGGAUGACUAAUAUCCUUAGCUUUUAGGAGUGAAAUGGAUACUUUUUAUUACCUCAAAGAACCACUUGACUGGAUAAAGAGAUGCAUGGAGUUACUGUAUGCUCAAGGAAAUACCUGUUUAGUUUAUCCUUUUUCUGAGACCUUUGAGCACUUGCUGGUUUGCUAUUUUCAAGCAAAAAGGGGGAUUGAGAACGAGACUUCUUAAAUGCACUUCCCUUGCUGCACGAUGUGAAGGUGCCUUGGUGUUCCCACUUGUGGCCCCCUUAAACUUGCAUGUAAGAGACACCCACUGUAGUCAGAAAUAGGGCUGACACUCCGAGGGCAUCGGGGG